AUGUGCGACGCCUGCCUGAACAACAUCUACUGCUCCCAGAACAGAUUCCAGUGCACUGAGUGCUACGACUAUGACCUCUGCUUAUCCUGCUUCCGGAGUGGCCGAGAAUCCAAAUCCCACAAAAGUUCUCAUGCCAUACGUCACAUUCUAAAGACCGAGGUGCUCAAGCCAGACGACUUCAUCCCUCCACAUGACGACGUCAAUCCAGAGCAAAGUGCGGAUCAACUCAAGACCUUCAUCACCUUGGAGCCCGACGUCAACCGGCCUGAAAGUGAAAUGCGCUGGCACUUUCUCCAUGGGGCUGAUAGCCAUCUACGAUACCUCACAGCAACGGUCGAGCCAGGUCACUAUGCUGCUCACCUUACUAUCCUGACUCGUUUGUCAGGCUUGCUGAAUCAGGCUGGACUGGAUGAUCUCAAGGAAGAGGGGCUAGGGUAUCUCCGCGUUGGGCUCGGUACCUUGAGAAACAAGAAACAAUUUUUCAGGACACGUUAUCAGGAAGAGUCGUUUGCGUCGCUCGUCCUGGAGGAAGGGCAGAUGAUCGACAAGAUGCUCGAUCGCUACUGGUGGACCGUGGUCAAGCUCCCGGGAGACGGAGAGCCUGUAGUUUUACAUGCGGAUUGCGUUUUCUCGCUGGAGACUCCCGAGGACUUGGGCCUGAUCGUCCAGUGGUCUGGCAUUAGAGCAUUCGCAAGCGGGAACGAGGCUACUGUUUCGAUCAAUGUUGCAGAUAUUCGUCUCUACGAUAUACGAGACUUCACGGAGCCUCUGAAAGUCCCUCCUGAGCAACCUCCCACCGUUGCAUCUCCACAGCCUCCCAUCGCUACACCAGCACCAGCACCCGAAGCUCCCGUACCCACUCCGCCUACCCAAGCUGCAGACGCUGGCGAUGAAGAAAUCACAGCAGAAGAGCUUCUUUCUGCCCUCCUGCAAAUUCAGCAAAGCGUAGAAGAUGCACGACAACGCGCACAACUCGAAGCGGCCAUCAAGCAACGCUUGAAACAGCAAGAAGAAGAAAGGCAAACUGCAGUCUUCAAUUACAUGUUUGCCAAAGCCAUACAGGAGCAGGCUAUACUAGAGCAGGAACGGCAAGAACAAGAAGAAGCUAGGAGGUUCCUCAGAUUAAUGGGCUUCAAUAUUUGA